AUGAACCAGUCUACGUCACCAAUCAAGAAGGAAGAUAGCGAUCUCGAUUUUAUGGAACAGUUUCGAUACAUCAACGGAAGAAGAUAUCACAACGUUGAGAACGUAUCUUAUUUCUUACCAAACGACAACGAAGAAGCCGACAGACUGAGUAUGCAGCAUUACUUGGCUAAGCAUAUUUGGAAUGGAAAUUUUUCUUCUCCGGUCGAAGAAAAGUUGAGAUCCGGGCGUGCCAAUGUUCUCGAUAUCGGGUUAGCAUUCUUCUCCUUUUUUAAUCCUACGUCUAUUCUAGAGUCGAACUUUGAAAUUUGCUCACGACCAAGCGUGGACGUUUCCAACAUGUGGAACAAUCUCGAGAAUACGCCGCCAAACGCCGGAUUCUUGGUUCACAAUUUGAUCCAAGGUGUUCCCUUUCCCGAGAGAAUAAUGGACUUCAUUCACGUCCGAUUCAUGGGACUCUCGUUUGGCGAGUUGCAUUGGAUCAAGCUGAUUAACGAAUUAAUUAGGGUUUGCAAGCCGGGCGGUUGGAUUGAGAUUAUGAAUCUUGAUUACACCCCAAAGAAUAUGGGCCCAGCGACAAGAUUGCUCAUGAAUUCUUUGGUGGAAUUUCAUAAAUCGAAAGGAUGCAGUAUUCCAUCGGCAAAAGACUUUGAGAGAUACUUGAGACACAACGAUCGGGUCACCGCCAUACGAACCGAGAGAAAGUCGACUCCCCUCGGCAAUUGGAGUGAAAAAGUUGGUGACAUUGCAUUGUUAGGAUUCGAUUGUCUGUUCAAAGCCUUCAAAGUAUUUCUUGCCCCAUACAUGAAUCUGGACGAUAAGCAAUACCAGAAAUUACUCAAAGAACACGAUCGACAGGUCAACGAAUAUAAAACGAGUUUUCAAACUUAUAGGAUUUACGGGAGGAAGAGUGCAUCGAUAGAUAAGCGUUCAGUCAAACAAGUAGUCGAAGAAAUCUAUUCAUUAAUACAUCCCACCAUACAUCCAUUGGAUGCUUCGGAUCGAGUCCUCGUUGCAAUUAUUAAAGCAUUGAUCGCUAUUAAGAAUGAACCGACUAAUCCCAGGCAACUAGCAGCAUGCAUCCAGAAAUAUGGUUUUACGACACUUGGCGGAAGCACUCCUUACGCGACAGUGUCAGGGCACAUCUCUACCCAUUUCACUCGUGUACGACAAAAAGUCGUGCCUCGACCAAUUCUCGGAAAAAUACAUCAUCCCACAUUAAAGAAUAAGAUAAACUAUUAUUUAUUGGAUUCGGAUAACGUUCUACGAGAUCUUUUAGCUCAACACUUUCCAUCGCCGAGCGGAGUGCCGUCGUCAUCUUCCUCUCCAUACGCCACCAUCACUUCUACCAUCAUACCGACGGUUCACCCUCAACAACAUCGACAGCCCAUUUCUCCGCCUACCUCGAGGGCGAGUUCACCGCAAUCGUCAAAUUACAAAGAAUCCGAGGUCAUUGCUGAGAGUCAACGCCAAACCUCAGUGGUGGAGUCGUCAUGUCAAUCGGCCGAAGAUAUCACUUCUUGUCGUCACUAUCUCUACGCUGGAUCACCUAUUUCCUCCCCACCAAUACAAGAAAAGAUCUUGGUUUACACCAACAAACCAAGUGAAGGUGGAGUUCGAACUUUCAUGACCGAUGACGACACGGAGAAUGAUCAGUCGGUUUCACAGGAGCAAAAAAUUCAACAGAUGACGAAUAAUGAGAACCUGAUGUGCACAAUGUACGGCGUCAAUGAGAUGGAAAUUACACCAACGAGCAGUUCCGAAGAACUUGUACCGUUGAGUGGUAAGAAAAGAAGGGCAUCCGAGAAUGGAGAUGCCAUUAGGUCUCGAAACAUGCCAAGACCAACACCGGCGUUUCUAACCAAUGUAAAUGGUCUGGAGGUUUUCGUCACGAACAUCAGUGUGAACGGGAAUGAGGUUAGGCUGAUGCGUCGGGUGGACACAAAUUGUGUGGACCGAUGGUCGUUGUUGUCAGCCGGUGGACGUAAGCCGAGAAACGGUGAUAAAAGAUGGUGGGUGGUAGAUUUAAGUGUUUCAGGCGAUUUCGUGAUCACUCUGGAAGACGCACAGUCACUGGCGGCAAAAUUGGAUAUUGAACAGAGUCUUGGCAUAUUUCUUGAUCCAAGACUUUAUGACUAUUUUGAUGUCGACCUGGAUCUCCCAACAACAUCGGGCGCAUGUUGCGGUCCGUUGUCAGGAUUCGCAUACUGGUUUCAAUGCGUGAAUCCUAAAAAGAUUUUUUUGGGAUGA